GGGGCCCGCGCCACCUAAUAUUUUCCCUUUUUUUUUUCUUUGAAGGGAAAAAAAAAAGGAAUAUUGGAACCGGGAAAAGGAUUCCUCCGCUGACCUCAAAACUAACAAUCUCCAAGCUCUGUCUGUCUCCUCAAAGGUACAAAUAGGCCGCGCCGUCCUUCUUUUUUUCUUCGUCAUUUGCCAUUUCUUAAUCCUGCUCCCAACUAUAACAAGUUUCUCUCUUUUAUUUUCCCUUCCGAUUCUGACUUCCCAAACAGAAAUUUGUAGCCUUUUGUAAUUCCAGAUACAAUUUUGGGUUUUGGGAGUUGAUGUGAAAUAAAAUCGGGGCAUGAUGCAAUCCGUGAAACACUGGCUAUCAGAGCAUCCGUCGAUCGUGAACUUCCGGUGGAGCCACACCCAAUCGUUCGGCUCCACGUGGUCCUUCCUCUUCUCCUCCAUCGCAGUCUACGUCGUCGCAGCUACGACCCUCCACACCUUCCUCUCUCUCGUACUCCCCAAACGCCGACGGGUCCCGCUCGGGCCAAUCCCAGCCAUCCACAGCCUCUGCGUGUCCUUAAUCUCCGCCGUUAUUUUCGUCGGCAUUUUGCUCUCCGCGGCAGCCGAGAUUCGUGACACGCGCUGGUUCUGGCACCGCACCAAAACCAUCACCACCCCAUUCCAAUGGCUCCUCUGCUUCCCGCUUGGAACGCGCCCUUCGGGGCGCGUGUUCUUCUGGUCCUACGUUUUUUACCUCACCCGUUUCCUUCACCUUUUCCGGACAUUCUUCACCAUUCUCCGCCACCGCAAAUUAACAUUCUUUCACCUCUUUAACCAAUCAAUUCUUCUGUGCAUGUCUUUCCUGUGGCUCGAGUUCUCUCAAUCGUUUCAAGUCCUAGCCAUUCUGUUGGCUACUCUCUUAUACUCCGUGGUCUACGGGUACCGAUUCUGGACCGCGAUUGGGCUGCCCAGCGCUUGCUUCCCUUUCGUGGUGAAUUGCCAGGUGGUGCUUCUGGGGUGCAACUUGCUCUGCCAUUUUGGGGUUCUUUUCCUGCAUUUUCUGAAAGGUGGAUGCAAUGGAAUGGGAGCUUGGGGAUUCAACUCUGUACUCAACGGCGUAAUUCUUUGGCUGUUCCUGAAUUUCUACGUUAAGCGGCAUUUGAGAAAGAGAAAUGUCGAUGAUGUCAGUGGACAUGGUGGUUCUUCUUCCGGUCGUUCCUGUGGUAGCUCGGAAAUAAAGAGUGAAUGACUUCUACACCCAAUUUUUUUUUCUUUUAAUAAUUUUGUUCUAUAGUUAGGGAAAUCAAUAGGUAAACAUUUUCAUUUUUAUUUCAAUAUCUUGCAUCCGAUCUGUAAAGUGCGUGAGUGUAUAAAUCGACAAGUUGUUCAUAAAAAGAAUGAAUAAGAAUUAGGAUAAUUAAAUACUAUUUUUCCUGAUUAAUUGUU